AUGGAUAUUAAAGAAGAAAUUGAGGAUGCUGAUUCACUGGAGGCCUUCAAUGGACUACAACCACAAUAUUCUCAUAUAAAUUUUAAGCUUGAAGAAGAUUCGGAAGAUUUUAAUAGCAUUCCAACGCAAAAUGGGUUAUCAGAUCAUAUUAAGCAAGAAGUUGACAUUGGACCGAUUUCCAUAUUGGACCAUGCAACUGGAAUUUCUGUAACAGCGGAUCAAUAUUUGGAUAUUGACAUGGGAUUUGGAGAAAACUCAACAGAUCCUAAUAAUCAAAAAAUCGAAUGCAAUUUGAUUUUUUCGCAUUUGAAAGUGAAUAUUGAAAUGGUUGAUUGUGUUCAAAUUAUGAGAGAAAAUUCUCAAGCUUUUCUUUACAAUUUAAAGACAACGGAUUUCACCUUGAGAAGUGCGACCAAGGGAUUUCUACAAGAAAAUGGUGGCUCCAUAUUGUGUCUAGAAACUACAGAUGUUGAUGUAACUAGAGUUUUAUUAGCACAAGUUUUGAUGAACUUUAAAAAAGAUACAAUUUUGAAAAACAAUUUAAACGAAAUUCUCUUCAUUGAUUUUAGUAGUCUUACUACAUUGACUCCAGAACAAAAUGAAGAUUUUGUGAAAAAUUUUCCCAAUUUGUUGGUUUGCAUUUGGGACAAUCAAGAACAAUUUAGUAAACAAUUACAUAUAUUGGAAUCUUUGAAAAAUGUUAUCAAAGUAAAUGGCAAAAAAAUAAUUUUUAUUGUGAAAAAUUCAAAACAUCUGGAAAAUACUAUAAUGGAUAAUGAAAUGACGAAUAUUUUUACAUUAAAGUUAAAUGAAUUGUGGAAAAAGAAUGAGAUAUUAUCGACGAAUAAUGAAGCCAUUUGUGAGGUUGAAAUUAAUUUAGUGAACAUUGAAUCAACUCCUACAAGAGCCUUGGAUGAAAUUACGAAUAUUAAUUCAAAGGAGAAAGAAUCAACUAUAAAAACGUCAUCACAUGAUGAAGCAACAACUGAAGAAGCAGAUUUGAAAAAUUUAUUACAAUCACUUGGUGUGGAAGAAUUGGAUGCUGUAGAUAAGUUUGGCGAUACUCAAUUGCAUUUAGCAGUUCGACAUGGAAAAACAGAAAUUGUUGAAUCGCUUUUGGUUCACAGAGCGAAAAGGGACGUAAAAAAUAUUUAUGGCGAUACAGCUCUCCAUUUGGCAGCUGAAAAGGGUAACAGUACAAUUGUUCAUCUGUUGCUUGAAAGCGGAUUUAAUGUGAAUGUCACUGACAAUUUGAGUAAAUACACCCCACUUCAUAACGCAAGUUUAUACCAUGAUGAUGCCCAUUUGGUAGAAAUUCUUUUGAAAUUUGGUGCCGAAAUGGAAAGAAGAAAUAAUAUCGGCAAAACAGCUCUUCAUAUGGCAUCUUUCAAAGGUCACAGUGCAGUAGUAAAUUCAUUGCUAAAAAAUGGCGCCAAUAUAAAUGCUCGAGACAAUAAUGGAAAUACACCUUCGCACUUGGCUACAUUUGGCAAUAAACCAGAAGUUGUAUUAAUACUUCUACAAAACGGCGCCCUUUUGAACAUAAAAAAUAAACAGCAACAAAAUACUGUCGAUUUGGCCAGAUCCAGCAAUCUUCCUGACAUAACCCAAAUAUUGGAAAAUCAUAAAUAA